UCGUUAUUUUAAUUAUUCGAUUUAAUAAUCUAAGCAUCACCUGAGGGAUCGCUGCUCGGAGCGGGUUAUUGGGAGCAGCCACGUCCUGGAGAGAGAGAGACGCCAGGGACCUACAGUAAGUGAGGGGUUUAAUACCGGGGGAGAGGGGGAGCUCAGCGACUAGAGCAAAAUAUCAUCUUACAACUGCCCAUAUAGAACCUUUAGUUUAUCUUUAUUAUAUAUAUAUAUUUUUGUGAUGGAGCUAGGGGUGUAAUUAAUGGAGGGAAGGGGAGAAAGCCUCUUGUAAUUGGCUGCACAAAGUAAUGGCGGCUGCUUGAUUCAAUUAAGUUUUGGUAUUUCUUCACAAUAUAUUACUUGAAUUAACUGAUAUAUGUUAUAUAUAAAACCGUUUAGUUAUAUAUAUAUAUAUAUAUAUAUAAUAUGCACUUUAUUUGCUUUCAGCUGCAUUGUUUCCUUGAAUAUGAGGCUAUAUAUAUAUAUAUAUAUCCUAUGUAUUACUGUAUUCCUGUCUAUAAGCUGGCAUGAUGUGGUGUUUUGGGUGAGCUGUACAAUUUGCCCUGCUUUCAUUUUUGGAUGUGGGGGUGAGUAUCACUGGGGUAGUGAUUUGUGAGCCCUGCUGCGGGUAUGGGGCACAUGCAGUACCAUAUGGCAUAAUUAUAUACCCAUGGCAGCAGUGCCAGGGCUGUAUACAGGGAUAAUGUGCCCUUGCCCAAUCUAAGCAUGCUGGAUUUAUUUCCAGUUCAUGAAAAUUUUGUAUCGAUUAUAGCGGCUCACCCGCCAAAACUUUCCCUCCUGCUCCUCCAUAUUGUGAGGGGGAUGGGUGGCUGCCGUCUUGUACCGUCUUAAUAAGUUUAAAUUAAAACCCACGGAUAUUCAUUAUUGCUUUACUAGACCCAGAUCCCUAAUUAUACAGGUCUGUCACCCUAAACUAUUGGGUGAGGAGUAAAGCAGCAGUUUUUACCUCCAAGAGUGCUGACUGAUGAUGGCGCUUUUUUUUACCCCCCCAGCUUGUACUAUCUCAAUAUUUUGCCUCGUUCAUUUUAACAUAUGAAAACAAAUCUUUGUUGGUGUUUUCUCUGUUGGUCCUCAUGCUAUUUUUAAGGCUUUAUUUUGUGGCGGGGGUAAUUUUAAAUUAAUGGCCUUAGCUCCAGCCAACUGGAUGGAGGGAAUUUAUUUGCUCAGUGUAUGCCUGCUGUAUAGCAAGUAUAAAAGGCUUAAACCUUCACAAAUUUAAAGGCAGACUGUGUUUUAAUUAUUCAGAAUUGGUAGUGUUUUGGCUUGUGGAUUUUUGUUCUAUAUACAUUAGGGUAAUAUUUUAAAUGCUGAUUUUUUUUUUUUUUUUGUAUAUGCAUAUUUUUGCAUGUACUGUGUUUAAAAAUGAUUUCAUUCUUUUUUUUUAGUUUUUAACACAUAGAACAUGUACACUUCCACAGGGGAAUUGCAUUGUUUUUUUUGUUUUUGUUUUUUUUUUACUGACGAAGGGCCACUAAUGUGCAUGUGUAGCAAGUGCAGCACAGGCAUUGGGCCCUCCCCAUAGGAAAGCAUUGCAUUUAUCCAUCCCGUGUCGCCGAAGGCGUUAAAACCCCCUUCAGCUACUUACCUGAAUCUAGUGCCGAUGUCCCUCGGUGCUGGGUCAGGAGACGUAAUGCACAUGGGCAGCAAUGGCUGUGCAUGCGUAUUAGACCUCCCCAUAGGAAAGCAUUAUUUGAUGCUUUCCUGUGAGGAAAAUCUGCCUCUUAAAGGUCCGUGAGGAGGAGUGAGAUGCGCUGAAGUGGUCUGGGUGUCUAUAGUGGACCAAAAGUCAGUUGAAAACAAGGAAGUGCCUCCAAUGGAUGCAGACUACUGCUGCAACGUAAACGUUGCAGUUUCUCUAAAACCGCAAUGUUACAUUGCAGCACGAAGAGCAAUACACUAUAGACCAAGCAUGUCAAAGUCUAGCAAGGGCCAAAUAAACAAGGUUUUAGUUUGUGUGCCGCAAAAAUAAAAACCUUACAUUUUCAUAGAAACGUAGGUUUAUUUUGAAAAAUAUAGUAUAAAAAAAAAAAAGCAUCUACCUCUACUAAAUCCUAGCACCCCAGCAACCCCCUCUAGCCAACAAGCAGACUGUAACGGCACCCUCAGCAUAAAAGGGUAAAACCGCCGUUUAGAAGAUCUUCCCCUUCCAGAGACACAGGCACAGCUACUGCAGAACACCAAUCCGCUGAACAGGAAACCAUAUGAAUGCCGUAAACAGCCGAAUAGGAAAAACCAUACGAAUAGGUUUACACUCCUGGCAGUCAAACUGGAACAGCAUACAAUAAAUCCCACCAAGAACGAGACAAGGCUCCGUGUUGAGGGUCAAGCAGUGAACAGACAGAGCUGUGGGUUUAUUGUUCUUAUAUGCACAUUAGUACCACCCACAGGGUUUUGGAACACAACCAAUAUACACAUACAAUACACUCAGACACGCCCACACAAAAUCCUCCCCUCUACCUGUGAUACAAUUACCUUACACAAUGGGUAAUGUAAUUAUAACAAGCAGAGAAAUACAAUUUUUCCACAUUAUUCAUAACUUGAAAAGUAUGCAUCACAUUCACAUAUAACUUACAUUUUCAGAAUCAGCAUACUCCAAAUACAAACAUACGUCAAAAUCAUAAAAAUUGGUCCAGUGGUUCAAAAGAUAGAUCGUAGUCCUUUGUGACCAAAGGAAGCAUGGCUUUUCUGCCCAAAACCAGUUCCACAGAGUCUUCUAUCCUGGAGAUAAUUGGGAAGUAAUCCAAUUAUCUCCAAGGACAGAGGCAAAACUCCAUUGAACACAUGGCAGCAAAAGACAAUAAAACACAUAAAAACAUAUAACUGUGCAGCCAUUGCACAAAACAGGUACAUUCAACAUAUCCCCAGAUAGCUCAGAUCUGAGCGCACAUUAUUACUGAAUGGCGCUCAGAGCACACACAUACAGUUCAAUUGCCAUGGAGCCAAAGUCUUUCCCAUAGUCUUUCAUUAUACGAAUGGGCUCCAUGGCAUAGCUAUCUGGGGUAUCACCGCUCAAACAUGGCAAGCUCCAAAUGACCCGGCUUUCAUGUCAUUGUAGGGGAAAAUCCAGCGUUUUAACAUGGGGCCAUAGUCUAAAGGCAACAGGCGGGCAACCAGGCUUCUCCAAUGCAAUGUGGCGAGAUUGGUCUCGUCACACAGACUCUACUCACAUUGUUACUGCCAGAAUCAGACUCCAGAGUCCAACCUCUGGUAUACCCCAAAUGGCGCCGUCUGCACCCUGUGCCAAAGCGGAUCCUCCCGCUACUUCUUAAAACCCUAUCAAGGUGGAGUACGUCAACGUCACAUUGGAAUGUGACAUGGCGUUGCAUGUCUCCGUGUACUCUCACUGACCGUGUACUCUCACUGACCGUGUACUCUCACUGACCGUGUACUCUCACUGACCGUGUACUCUCACUGACCGUGUACUCUCACUGACCGUGUACUCUCACUGACCGUGUACUCUCACUGACCGUGUACUCUCUCUCACAUUUGCACAUUCUUGCACACACUCACAUUAUUGUAUUUAUCCCCAGGAUCCAGUGGGAGCUCAGCCUUUCUGCUCCUCACUGCUCCCUCGCACGCAGUUUAGUGAUGCUGGGUGCUGAAAUAUGUCAUAUUCCGGCAUCACUACAGAGGGCGUGAGGUGCAGGAACACUGAGCUCCUUCUUAACAUCCAUCUACUCUCCUCCCCGGCCAGGUAAAUGUUAGCAGAGUAGGCACCUGCAAUGUGGAGAAAGCAGGUGCCUACCCUGCUUGGAACACGAAGCAUGUACUUGCGGCUCGCCAGGCCGCAAAGAUGUCCAUUGUUGGCCGCAUGCAGGCAGCGAGUUUGACAUGCAUGCUAUAGAUACACAGACCACUUCAGCUCAUUGAAGUGGUCUGGGUGCAGUGGGAUGAACUAAAGUGGUCUGGGUGUCCAUCGUGUCCCUUUUGAAUCAACAUCUAAUGGCUGUUGUUCUGACAGCCACUAGAGGUGUUUCUGUGGCAAUGACAGUAAAAUUUGGUCACAUGACACGAAAGCACACAUAGGAAUGCAUUAAUUCUCUGAGGAGCAUUGGUUUGGACGAUUAUGGAAGAUGCCAUGUCUCCUUCACAAUGUUGUGGAAGGAUUAGGUAAGCAGUGCCUAAGGAGCCUCGGAACUGGAAAAGGUAAAUAAAAAAUCGUAGCCUCUUUCUUGGUCCUGUCGGGUGCUAGCUUGCCAAGCAAUUAAUCAAUCUUUUUUUUAUUCCUUCAAGCCACUUAAAUUGUUUUACAAACUGAUUGGAUUGGCAAGAAAAGUGCAAUACAAAGAGCUCUAGUGGUUGUUCUCAGGAUUUUAUCUCACAAAAAAAGGAACAAUAUGUAAAUCUGCUUUAUUGUCUGCAGUUUACAAUGUGUAAUUUUAUUAUGAUUAAUGGCUGACAAUAUAUUCUUUUUUUUUUUUUUUUCCAGAUAGGUUAAUAACAAUUUGCAUCACGUGUAACAAAAUGAAGUGUGGUUUUAAAAGUAAUCAAACGCCAACAAAGAUGUCUCCAAACAAAAUAAAUGCAGCUAACGCUAAAUUGGAAGCCAGUCCACUGAAGCAUGAACAAGACUCUUGUAAAAAAUGUGAACAAUCACAAGGUUCCCAACCAGACAGUCCCCUUAAAAAAGUAUCUCCAAGACGUUUGGACUUUGCUACAGAAAACAAACCUCUCUACAACAAAGAGAAUCAUUUGCAGAGGUUUAAAGAAGUUGAAACACAAAAUCUAGAAUUAAGUGAUUUACAAGACAGUGGUUACUCUUCCAUAUUACAUGACUCUCCAUACCAAAAUGACGAGGAUAUUAACUUCUUGAUUCCUCCAGUGUGCGAGACACCAAAGCUCUCUUCACUACACAAAACAACUGUACAAGCCACAUCUGCAAGUCUAUUUCCAGUUAUUCACUUUGAGGAAGUGGUUUGUUCCACGUUAAAGAAAAGUUCAAAAAGAAGUCCAAAAAUAGAUUGGAAUCUUAUUGAUGAAGUAGUCUCAAGAGGAAACUUUGGGCUUGAGAACCUAAUUGGUAAAAAUAUGGGUUUGGAUCAAAUGGAUAUUCUUGGAGAACUUUUUAGGAGAGACUUUAAACAUAUACUUGCCAAAAUUCUAAGGCAUCUCGGUGCAAUUGACUUAAUAAAGUAAGUAUUUAGUCAUUACACAUUUAUUUUGUAACUCUUAAAUACAAAGAACAAUUAGGUAACAUGCACUUAUGAAGGUUGUCACUUUGAUGGAAUUGGACUUUCAAUAAUAGUCCAUAAUGUACAGUUUAAAAUAUUUUGAUGCAAAAACUUGUAUACUUGGGGAUACCACUCAAUUGUCUGGAGAGCAAUUCAUACAAGCACAGCUUGAAUACUUGUUUCUCUGCAUUCUCAAUCAUCACAGGCACAGUACACAUCUGGACUAGGAUGCAGUAGCAUAAAAUGGGGAGACCUUGUACUUUUUUGAAUUCUAGAAUUAACCUUUGUAAUAUUAUACUUCAAUGUACAGUCAGCACUAUAUCCAGUACAACCUGGUGGCCAUCAUGUAUCGGUAGAGUGGUUAACCGCUACUCUAACUCUAUGGCUAUGGUGCAAAUUGUAUCUUAAUGGCUUAAUAAAAAACUUGGCGGUCUUUUCCACCACUUCCUGCUAACCUACAUCUAUCGCUUUAUCAUGGCCUAAAUUGGGACAUCAGAUUCCUCCUAUGCAACACAGAAGUGUAAUGUCUUGGAAAUUGCCAUACAUGUGUUGCAUCAUAACUAACAAAAUGCUGUAAUGGUGCUUAGUGUCCCUUAACAUUUGCCUCUCAUUUGCAGCAUAACUAAAGUGUAAAGGUUAAAAAAAAAACAAAAACCAUUCUUUUAAAACCAGAACUACAUCUUACAGGAAAACUAGAAUGCCCUUCGGCGCUGGUUCAUGCUCUGUCUCCGCUCCUCCCCUGUCGACAUCAGCUGGCAGAGUAUUUUGCCACACAUGUGCAAUAGCCUCUGAACGCUUUCCUAUGGGAAACCAUUGGAUUUGCUAAGAUUCAAGUUUGAUCUCCACCAAGGAGCGGCGGGGGAGGGGCUGUGACGAGAUCCAUAUGGUGCUGUAAGAAAGGCGAGUAAACUUGCCUUUUACUUUAAAAACAGCUGAAAUGGAACAAGAUGGCGCUAUAGUCUAAUUGAAAGUGCAAGUGCUCAUAAAUAAUUAGUGUCACCAUUAGGCAUGCAGCAAACUAAAUAAACCCUGGUAAAAAGAUCCUAGAUAAAUACUUGAUAAAUUGGUGAACAAACUAUUUAAAUAUUCUAUAUACAGUUCACAAUCUAGAACGUAUAUCAUAAAAUAGAAACUGUGUAUAAGAGAUCACUAAAAUACACACAGGUGUGUAGCACAAUCGCCAACGUGUGAAUUGGCAAAACCUAUAGAUAUACUUGCACAAACUAAAUAUAUUCUUUCAUAAAUCUGCACAAGAUAAAAGUAUGGAGAACAUAGUGCAAUAUUGUAAUACAUUAAAAGAUAAUAAAGACUUUUUUUUUUUUUUUUAAAUGCAACUCACAAACAUGGCGUUAUAGUGAUUAUCUAAAUCACUCACCACCAGCUGAUAACCAUGUUUCCAAAACUUUAUUCAAACUUAACUCUUCUGUCUUCUUGGAUCCACUGAUAUUCACACUGAUAGCUGUAGCUCACAGUUUACCGGGUUCGGCAUGCAGCAUUUUUCUCCCCGCGUCCUGGUGCUUUGUCAAGCUUAAGGUGGUUCCUCCCACUGCAGUCAGUUUUAUAGCGAUCCAAAUCAUUAGGUCUUUAAUAUCUUUGGAUAUAAAGUCUGUGGGUUAUUCUUAAGAGACAUUAUUAAAUUGGUUUUAAGUAGAUUUUGAAAUUAUAAUUAUCCAGUUAGUAAAAUACACAUGUAAACUAGAUAAGGAAAGUGUUAGAAGAGGAAAUGAAUCCGUAACCUUCAUUAUCUGAAAGGACAAAAAGGAAAGAUUGUCUAAACAACUCUCAAUAUUCAGACCAAAAAUGAGGGAGGGAUUUAUAGGAAUCACUAUUAAAAGAGAAGGUAUUCCAUAUAACUUAAAAUUACUUAUCAAAAAAAGGAUAGCCUAAAUCACAUUAAAGGACCACUAUAGUGCCAGGAAAACACUGGUUUUCCUGGCACUCUAGGGUCUCUAGGUCCCCUCCACCCUAAGGGUCACCCUCCCGCUGGGCUGUAGGGGGUGGAUGGGGUUAAAUCUUUUUUCCAGUGCCGGUUACCUCGGUGGUGGGGACUCUCCUCCUUUUCCUGUCUUUGGCUGAAUGCGCAUGCGCGGCACGAGCCGUGCGCAUUCAGCCUGUCCAUAGGAAAGCAUUCUCAAUGCUCUCCUAUAGACGCUGGCGUCUUCUCACUGUGAAAUUCACAGUGAGAAGCGAGGAAGCGCCUCUAGCGGCUGUCAAUGGGAGAGACUGGAUUAACCCUAAUGUAACUCACUCCGGCACUCAGCAGAAAGGGUUAAUUCUAGAUGGACCUGGCACACAGACCACUUCAUUAAGCUGAAGUGGUGUGGGUGCCUAUAGUGGUCCUUUAAUAAAACAUAAAAUUCAGUGUAAUAUAACCUCUAUAAAAUAAAACUUCUAAGUAUAAUUAUAUCAUUAUCAUAUAUGCAAAUAAAAUAUGACCAGCAAAGAGCCAGGAUAGAAGAGAAAAAAAAAUACUAACUAAAAAAGGGAGGAUUGUUUAAGCCACUCACAAAAGAAUACCAUUAAAAAAAAAAUUACAUAAUAUAAAACUAUUCAAUGCAAUAAAAUAUAGCAAAGCUAUCUAAAAAGAGAAUGAGAAGCCAAAAUGGCAUCCCUGAUCACACACGCACACACACACUACCUUGCUGACAGUGGUGCCAGAUACCUAGAUAGCUCUAGUAGAACUAUACUGUCAGGAAUGCAUGUUUGUAUUCCUGAUACUAUAGUGUUCCUUUAAAUAGUUUUCAUUUUUUCUUCUCCAUAUAUCUGUUUGCUAGUAAAUCUGCUUGCACAAUGUAUAGAUACACUUUCAUGCUCUUUCCAAAGAACAUAAGUAGUUUGGGGUCUGAGUCCCCUUUAAACCUGUGAGCAGGUGAUUAGCCGCUGCAUCAUAUUGUAUUAACAUGCUAAGUUGCUCAUUCCUUCUUAUGAAUGCUCCCGUUGCUCUUCCUCAUUUAAAAGGUAGAAGAUGGCAGUAAUGAUGUUUGGCAAAUCAGACGUGCUUAGCUUGUCCAUGAAAAUGAAAAAAAACAAAAUAACUCUAACGUGAUUGUCUGGUUGUAUGCGGAAUUCUCAGUACUGCAUUUAUUGAAUUAAACUUUUAUGCUUGGAAAUGCUUUAGCUAUACUGUAAAAAUAAAAAUUCACUAAGCAGUAUGUCCUUUUUAUUUACAGUGUCAUUAGUGUGAGUACAACAUGGAAAAAAAUCUUGCACAGAGACAGCAUGGCUUACAGCACUUAUAAAGCAGCAUGGAAGGAACUUUGUGUAAGAGUUUGAAUUUUUUUUUCAAAAUGUUAUCUGGCUGCACUGAAUGUAACACUUGUGCAUUGUUAUAUUCCUUCCAGGGCGUGUUGGGAAACUGGAGGGGCUGGCUACGUAAAAUAUAAUAUUUAGGUUCACUUUCCACUCUGCAAUGACUAGUGGACAAAUUGAUCUGUAUUUAAUGCAUUAAAAUAUAUUUACAAAACAUGAAUUAAAAAAAAAAAAAUAAAUACAGCUACUGGCUACCCAGUACUAAGUAUUUCCAUCUGUCUUAGUGUCAGUGUGGGUGUUUGUUUUUGUUAUAAGAUGGAUACCAUUGGAGCCCACCCAUUCCUUCUAAAAAUAUAUUGAGUUUGUGUAGUAAUUAAAAUGCUCUAAUGCAGUCGGUAGCUGCCUCUAUCAGUCAUUCUGUUUUAGUGUCAUUGCAGUUACUUAGGCUCCAGAUUGUACCAGCUGUAGCAUAUUCUCAAAAUGUUAGAUUUUGACUAAAUGUAUUGUAUUUUUUUCCCCCCUCAAAUCAGGAAAAAGAAGCAAAAUUUAGCGUGCAUACAGCAACACGUGAUUCUUCUCUUGGCCGUUUACCUCUUGCUUCAGUUCAAAAAAUAGCUAGUGCUUCUUGCUGUAUUAAGUCUACGAAAAAAUCAAGCAAGAAAUGCAAAGAUGCAGAGUCUUCAAACCGCAGACAUGCAGAAUUCAGUGAGGUAAGACCUCUAUCUGAUUUUCAUUUGUAGAGGCAGGCCAAUGCAUACUUGUAGUUCAGUAUUUGGUGCUGAUUCCAAGGUUAGCUUCCUGCAUUUCCAGUAAGCUUCCGAAGUGUGUUCUCACCACAUUCCAAGUAGAAUUAAAAAAAAUAAAUGCAAAAUCUCAUUUUGCAUAAGAGAUUUACCAAACCAUACAGAAAAUUCUAACCACUGGCACACUCCCAAGGGAAGUAAUCAAAAUGUUUGAGAAAAGUUUGACAACCUUCCUGGACCCACUGGAUGCUUCUACAAGGAUCUCCUGUUGCUUCCAAUGAGCUAUGCACUGCGGUGGAGGGCCAGCUCACUGGCUGAGUACUAUGAGCCAAACUCUCAAACUGCUUGGCUUUUUUCCAUGGGAUGGUGCCAGGCAUCCUAACCGCUACAGCAGAAUUUGAUCACUUUUGGGGAGUAAUCUACUAAAGCUCAUUGUUAGGGUUAGAAAUAGCAUUUGGCACUGAUCAUUAUGGUGAGAAAGGUCAUGUCACUUUACCAAAUAACAUCUCUGGGAAGAAAACGGACAUAUCAAAAUAGAGUACUCUCUAAUACUGUGAGCUCCCCAAGAUACACAUGUGGGGUAUUGCCUAGUUCUCUGUAAUUCAACUUAAGGCCAUGUGUCUUAUUUCAAAGACCUCUUCUUAUGAGGCUGGAGUUGUAACAGUUACCACUUAAUUUGCCAGAAAUUAACAGGUGAAAAGUUUAAAUAAGGGAAUCCAUUUACUUAUUUUUGUAUAGAUAGUUUUCUAAAAAUGAAACAGUUGACACUUAUUUUCCUUUAAUUAUAUAUCUAUGCUAAAGGAGCACUCCAGACCACUAAAGCACUUUAGUUUGGUGAAAAGGUUUAUGUGAAUUAUUUUUUUAUUUUGUUUUUUUGGGAAAAAGUUCAGCUUUUAAUAGAAAUUUACACUUUUUAAUGCUGGCUAUGCCAAUCUGGCUUUUCAAGCAGGCAACUGAUCCUGUUACUUCCUGGUUUGGUUAGCUUAAUUGCACUGAACUCAAGAGGCAGCAAUUGCCCAAAGCACCUGCCUUGCAAAAACUGCUCAUUGAGAAGCAAUGGGAAGUAUGUGUUAGGACUACCAUAGAAAGUCAGGACUGGGUUAGAGAAGGGCUUGUAAAGGCAGCAGACAAGAGAUCUACAGUUUUUGCAAGAUGCUUUUGGUUAAAACUCCAAUUUAAAAAUGGAUAAUUGCAUGCAUGUAUUCAUUUAGGGUAUAUCUACUAAACAGUGACAUUUAUUUUGUUUUUGGGCAGUGGAGUGUCACUUUAAUGUUGUGUAUACAUGUAGAGAGUAUUUGAAGAAAGCGCUACCCCUCCUUUAAAAGUGUGUAUUUCUUUGGUUGCAUUUCAUAGGAAAGUACAGUGGAACAAACUUACGGCAAAAAGACCUCACAAACACAUGGGAUUUCUAAAAAAUAAAAAAAACAUUAUGGGGAUACAUUCGUUUUUUUCACAAACAACAAUUUGAGAUCGUUGUUGCAGUGCUUUUUUUAAUCAAACUUUCUUUUCCUUUGAUCACAGAUUGCAAAAACCCUGAAAAAUGACCAGAGCCUUAAAGUGUGUAGAGACUGUGGAUCUCCUGCCAAAUAUGACUCUUAUCUUCAUAGAGCCAUUUGCACUAGAGAAAGCUGUAAAAGUGACUUUUGCACACUCUGUCUCUGUGACUACCACUUUUCUAAAAGCUGCACAAGUAACAAACCUCAGGCACAUCGAUAUUUAUCAGGACCUCUUCCUGGGAGUAAAAAGAGCAAACAGAACUUAAGGAGGCUUUAAAUGUUCUUAAAGAAUGGACUCCUAUUAACAUCCCAGUAGAAAUGGGGGGAAAAGACUAAAUGAAAUAUAAUUUUAUAUUUAUUUUUCCUUUUGGACAUGAAAAUACUCAUUCAACUUUUUAUAUAUAUUUCAAAAUUUAUUUAUUUAUAUUUUCGUUGGUACUGU